AUGGGGACCUCGGGACGUAACUCACCAAUUGUUAAUUACACUGCCAGAAAUGGCUCGAUCGCGCAUUCCCGAACUAACCGAACAUGCUAUCACCUCCAAAGCUUGGCUGUAUGGCUCAUAACCUCACUUCCUGGCGAUCGAAACUGUAGCAAGUGGAACCAAUGCGCCUAUGUUACACGGUCUAUAGCUGAAGAAUUUAUUGAAUCGAGCUUGCACAAGGCGCCUUUACUUCUCUUCCUCUCCUCGCUGUUGGUUGACCAGGUAAUGUUCCGUGCGUCUGUGGAUUUUGCUGAGAAGUGGGCCCAGCUGAGCCAGAUUGUUUUUCGUCUCAUUCGGUGUGAGUCAGUUAGUCGUGAUAGUUGGAGUGCUAGUUUCUCAGACGUGUAUACACUGUGCAACUCACGACCGGUUUCUCAUGCACCUACUCUGUAUUCCGCCACUGCUGCCCUUAUAAGCGCACGGGUAAAAGAAAUUGCCACAGAGUUGGAGCAGUUAGACGACUCGAAGCUUCUCCCAGCUUAUGUACAUCACUGGACGACUUUCCACAAAGGACUGACUUAUCUGGAUAAUCUUUAUAGAUUUGUCAAUCAACAAUAUGUGAGAACUUUGCGACCAACAGAAGCUGAGAUGUGCUAUAGUGCAGUGUUACCCAUGGCGGAUCGCCACACGAUGGAGAUAUUGGAAGUUGGCCUAGCCCACUGGAAGCUCUACCUGCUUGACUUGAUUAAAGACAGGUUGUCCGCUUGUCUAGUGCGGGAAGUGCAGAAUGAUAGGAUGGGCAUCGAUGGACAACAAGAUUGCAUCCAUGCUUCAGUUGAAUCUUUUCGCCGGGUAGGGGAACUGAGGGACAAUGAACGAGCAGGCAUGGAUAUCUAUAACAAAAUAUUCCAAGCACCCUUACUCGAGUCGACCAAAACAUUCUAUACUAGUUGGGCAGCCAGUCGCGAGACCGAGCUUGCUUGCUCACAGUACGUCAACGAGGCCCUCAUUCUCCGCGAGGAAGAGAAAAAUAGAGCUUUGCGUUACUACAAGCGAUCGUUUCUAAAGGUCCAGGCCCUGUUCCAAGAGGUUGUUGUCAAAGCCCGUUUGGACUUUAUCAAUCAAAGUGUUCGUCACCUGGUGGCUGAAGAGCACAAAUCAGAAUUACGAAACCUGUUUCAGCUUUUGGCUCCGGACAACUUAUGCUCGGAGUUGUCGCAUUGGUUUGGACAGCAUAUCAUGCAGUUGAUACGUGAAGCCAUUGCCGGACUCCCACGUGACCUAGCUCUUGCACCUGCACAUUUUGUGGAGAACCUGCUGUCUAUUCGAAACCGAUUCAUCCAGUUUAUCGAUGAAAUAUUUGACGGUAUGAGCCUGUUCCGGAACCAAAUGGACAAGGCAUUCAAUCAGGCCAUUAACGAUCGAACUGUUGUCAACACUGCACCAGGAGGUUCCGGUUCGAAAUCUCCCGGACCGCGACCGUCUGAGCUGCUCAGUCGCUACAUGGAUGGUCUACUGAGAAAGUCUUCCAAGUCCUCCGAAUCUGAACUUGAAUCCAAACUCACAGAAUCCAUUUCAAUCUUCAAGUAUAUUGAUGAAAAGGAUGUGUUCCAAAAGUACUACCAGCGUAUGCUCUGCAAGCGCCUAAUCUCCAACACUCCCUCGUCAAUGGAACUCGAAGAAUCUGUGAUCAACCAGCUGAAGGCAGUCUGUGGUUACGAAUUCACCGGGAAGUUCCAUCGAAUGUUCAAUGAUGUUCAACUAGCCCCGGAACUGAACCGGAAGUUUGACGACUUCUUGGCGACAAAUAAUGUUCAUUUUAGAUUCGGCCAUCACUUCAACGUACUUACGCAAUGUUCCUGGCCCAUCAACCUAACCGGCGUAGUUGAAUUCAAACUCCCAGACGAGUUGCAACAAUGCACUUCACAAUUCGAAGCAUUCUACGCUGCUUCAUAUCAAGGCCGGAAGAUGCGUUGGGCACAUCAAUCUUCAACGGUGGAGCUGACGUUACUGUUCGCGGACAAGCCUUAUCAAAUACAGGCGCCGACAUUACAUGCGUCCAUUUUGUUACUGUUUGAUGUUUUGGACUCAGACGUAAUCCUAGUGCGUGAUUUAUCUUCCCGCAUUCAGCUGAUUUCAGCAGAUACCGUUGCCGGUGGGAGCAGUUCGGAAAAUCCUCUGACGGCUGUGGCGGCGACCCCCGGAAGUUCCAAUGAUGCGAUGGAUACAACUCCUGAUUCCGUUAGUGGUGCUCCCUAUGAUCAGAUUCACCGAAUACUAGGUCCGCUGCUAGAAAUCAAUAUCCUCUCUUUGGAGUCUGCGGAUUCCUCUUUUAGUGAGACGGAUAAGCCUACCCUCUCUCCUUCGACUCGUAUUGUUUUGAAUCGAGCAUUCAAGAACAAGCGCCUCAAAUUUCGCGUGAAUUUCGGAUCACAAGUCAAGGAGACCACACAGACGGACGCAGAACAAGUAGAGAGGCAAGUGAACGAAGACAGACGAUAUUUUAUCCAAGCUGCCAUAGUCCGCGUCAUGAAAUCAAGGAAACAAAUUGACCACGUCAGUUUGAUAAAGUCCGUAUUCCAACAGGCCAGUGGUCGCUUUCAACCCUCCAUACCGUUAAUCAAAAGAUGUGUUGAGACCCUCAUUGACAAAGGAUAUAUUGAACGUAGCCCCUAUGAUCCCGACCAGUACAACUACCUUGCAUGACCAUUGUUUUUUUCUAAUGACUUAUAUGCGAUAUCCGGGAGCUCAAAUGUUCUACGAGAGGAGGCACAAUUCAGAUACAAUCAAUUAUAUUUCAAAAACGAGUUUCUCGCAGUUUUCACGAAAAGUGUGGGUGUGAAGUUAUUUUUUAAAUGGCACCCGUCUUUCCUAACUGUUCCUUGAGUAUCAUUAUACUACGGCGUUGAUCUUCCGGCAACAUGGCCAACUGUUCGUCGGACAACUGCAACACUUGCAUGAUUAGGGCGACUUUUUCUUGCUCACCCUGUCCGGCCAAUAUGCUGUUUGGACCCAUAUUCGCAGCCGCUGCAGCGGCGAUUGCAGGUGUGAUAGGCUGAAAAAUGAGAGCAAAAAUAUCUGAAUAGUUCGGUCUUCGACGUGGGAUCUAAUAAAAACGUGAAAGUUCUAUUUUUCAAGUAGUACUCCGUAAUUGUUUGACAGGAAAUUACACAGGUACAGUAGUCCUCAAGGGAGGCCACCAUAGGAAAGGUGGAAUUCGACAUCCACUGCGAUCCAACUCUCGAGAGAGACCAAAACACCAGGUUGUGGGUCAGGGAAUG